AUGUUUACAGUGCACAAUCAAAUGUGCACAACGCCAUUAAGGACUCCUUCUUCCUGCAGGUGAUGACGUUAGCGGAGGCAGCGGAGGAGAACCGCUCUCUGCUGGAGGAGGCGUUUGUCCGCCUGCGGAGCGCCACUCACCUGUUGGUGCUGCUGCUGUCGCUGUGGCACGGCCUGACCCCCGACCAGACGGCCAUCCUGGAGGCCACGCUGCUGCCGCUGCUGCAGGACUCCCCACAGCUGGGUUGGGAGGAGAGCUGCGACGCCGCCGUCUCCCACCUCCUGCGGAGCUGCUUGUCGCGGAGCUCCAAGGACCAGGCCACAUCUCUGGCCCAGGCAGGAGGCCCCCUGCUGAGCCUGCCGCGAGACACCGCUCGCCUCAAGAAGCACAUCACGCUGCUGUGCGAUCGCAUCGGCAAGGGAGGCCGUCUCACCCUGGCCUCUGAGGCCAACGCUCCAGUCCCCGCCCAGGUCCAGAAUCUGGCUGCUCCUG